AUUCCCGAUGUGUAGAUAUUCAGCGUUAAGCCCACUAAUACCCAUUUCUGUUUAGGGUUUCAGUUUCUUCUCCAAACUCUCCGGUUGCCUUCGCUGCCUCUCUCUUGGUCCAGAGAUUCCGUCUCCACAGAACACUAGGUUGAAUUGAAUCAUGGAUAAGAGCAUGUUAGCUGGUUUGGAAUCACUUCCAGAAGCUGAUCAGCAAAGAAUGGCGUCCAUGAUGGAACAGGUUCAAAUCCGUGACAGUUUGAGAAUGUAUAAUUCAUUGGUGGAGAAGUGUUUCACUGAUUGUGUGGAUACAUUCAAGCAUAAAUCCCUGCAAAAACAAGAGGAAACCUGUGUUAAGAGGUGUGCUGAGAAGUUUCUGAAGCAUUCAAUGCGCGUUGGCAUGAGAUAUGCUGAGCUUAACCAAGGAGCUCCUACACAAGAUUGAUGUCUUUCAUGAUCUUCCCAUGCCAAACUGUUUUUCUGUUUUUGUCCCUCUUUUUGGUGUGUCAUUCAGUUAGUUUAUUUAUAAUUUUAUCCCUUGAACAAACAAACAAUAUAGUGUAGAGAAGUGAAUUUUCCUGGUUGGUUUGUGUAGCCAAGAGCUGGUGUUAAAUAAAUUCCGAAGGAUGAGCUACCCAAGUGAGUUCUCUGCAUGUAAA